UUUCGAUUUGACAUUUGAGUAAACUUUCAAAAGAAAACACAUACAGAACAUGUAAGACUUGAAAACUUCCUAUUUCCUUUUAUGAACAUAUACUGAAUGUUUAUAAUUUCAGACUUCAAAAGCAAUAACAAUGUAUAUUGAUAUUUUUGGCAUUUUGGGAGAUUAUGGCUGGUAUAUCCUUGGUUCAAGCAUAGUACUGGGAUACAUAUAUCAUACAUUCAUCAAAGAAAAAAUAGUGGCAUACUGGCAAAAGAAAGAAGAGCAAGAUUAUGCUGCCAAAUACCAUAAAAAUCCUGAUUUGUUAAAUGCAAGGCUUCAAGCACAAGAAGCUUAUGUCAAAAAGCUGCAGGAACAGUACAACAUUGAUUUAGAGGAAUAUAAGAGAAAACAGGAAGAGAAAGAAGCAAAGAGGCGAGAAGAAAUUUUAAGAAAUGCUCCUGGUCACAGAUUGGGUGGUGAUGAGGAUGAUUCUAACAAACCCAAUGGACGCGGAUUAAGAUCUGAAUUCUUUCCAUUAAUGGGUGGGGGCUCUGGCAACAGUUACAGACCACCCAGGAGAAGCCCUUGUGGAGGUGGAGGAUGUGGAAGAUAAAUAAAAAUUGUCACAUGUAUAUUGUUAUUGUAUUAUAAAUUUUAAUAUAAAGUUUGAAACACA